AUGUCGGACGCCUAUGAGCGCGAGCGCCAAAACAACUCGCGGCUGGACGAGCUGGCAGCCAAGGUGACGGCUCUUCGCGGCGUCACAAUUGACAUCUACGACAAUGCGCGGGCGCAGGACGUCCUCGACUCGACCAAUGACACCUUCUCGUCCAUGUCGUCUCAGCUCAAGGGCUCCGCCGGCCGCCUGACCCGCAUGGCCGCCUCCGGCAACAAGGUCGCCGUCCUCAAAUUGUCAGCCAUCCUCAUCGGCAUCGUCCUGGUGCUCUACUACCUGUUGCGGCUGUUCUUCUGA